CAGACUAGGGCGGGCCAUCACCAGAAAACAAAAACACCAAAGUGUGCAGUGCCGCCAUAUCGCUGCUUCUUGUUGAAAACGUGGGUUUUGUCCGUGAUAUGAAACUAAGUGGCCGCGCAGCUCAGACUGAGCACUUGAUAAGAAGUGCUGUUCUCACACACUCUGUCAAGUGAAUGCCUUCAAAUAGCUCUCCAUGUCUGUUUCCUCCAAUCAGCAACCAGGCACUACGUCAAAGCGUGCAAUAGACCCGCUGAGCCACUAGAGGAUACCGUGUCACUGUCACGUUUUACCUCGUUCUGUGUGAAGGUAUGUAACAGCAUGAUGGAAAGAUACUUUUCAUUUGCUUUCAGAGCGACUAAGGUAAAAUUGAAGGAGUAAAAUUAACAGGUAAGCUUUUAGCUGUAGCUCUUCGGCUAGCUAAAAGCUGCUAGCCUAAAUGUUUACUGAAGUUGAGGAGGCUAAGCCUGGACUGGUGAGAAGUCUCACCAGUGUUGUAGCUAUAUGACAUCAAUAUAUUAGACAGCUCCUAUUGAUGCCCACCACUAUUAUCCCUGUUACAUCCACCCAUAUCUUCUUUAUAGAACACCAACAGCUCAGUUCGAUAGAAAUGCCAAGCAACGGGUCAACCACCAAAAGGUGUGUGUUCUGCCACACGCAGCUCGGUGUAGCCUGCAAGGCGUGCAAGGCAGAGCAGCCACGUAAGCUGAGGCUCAAAAGGAAAAUGGACAGGUUUGAUCAGAAGCGUGACAGCUGGGUCCACUCCCAUCAGAAGAAUCGAACUGUCUCUCAUAUCCGGGACGAAGCGCACAUGUUGCUUGAAAAACUGCAAGCCCUGGGAAUCAGGGCUGUUUUGCUUAUGGCUAGGCCAGUCAGAAAGACAAAUGCCUGGCAGUCUGAGAUAUUGACACCCCGCUGUGAGCUGACUGAGACAUCAAGUACAUUUCUGCAAAGGAUGAAGGACGUCUAUAAUAUUGUUGUUAAAGGCUGGACCCCACAAGGUGCUGCAGGACAGCUGGACGAAGCCUUCUCAGCCCGGGUUGAACUCCCAGCUGGACCACGAGUGGCCUCAGCAGAUCUCCAGACGGCACUGUCCCUGCUCGAUCCCCAAGCAGCCUCCACUGGACCACCGACGGUCCUGAGUCAACCACCAGCAGCCUCAGUUGACCUCCCAGCAGCCCUGUUUGGACAACUGAGGUCCACAAUUGGACAUCCAGCAGCUCUGUUACGACCGUUAGCACACCAUGAAGCUCUAGAGCAGCAAACACUGGACCUCCAGAGGAAAGGACAUCCAGAAGCCUCCCAAGUUUUUCUUGAAAAAGGCGGACUGAGAGAAAUCAAAACAGAAGCAGGAGAUUCUCCCACACCUCUGUAUGCACCAGCUACCUCGUCCCUCGACAUCAAAACCGAACCCGAGGACAUCGAAACAACCAGCAAUCACACUGCCGACCUCAUGCCCUCGCCUGUGCUGCUAGUCACUGUGACAGACGCAGGUUUUGUUGAUGGCGGCCCUCACACCAAAUCCCAGAGUGUUAUGGAUGAGUGUAAAUAUCGGAACAGAGAUGCAGAGUUACAAGCGAUGCAGCUCGACACAAGGAUUCCCCAAACAACCCAAGCCUCACACAACUCUCAGUCCUUCAACAUGGUGGAGGCUUCAUCCUAUCGGCCCUCCACCAGCUGUGAUCUGGACACAAUGGACCUCGAUCAGCUGAGGAGGGAGAAAAUAAAGAUGCAGAUAAAAGUGUUGAGGUUACAAGAGGAACACUACACUCUGAUUGUUAAGGGGCAUAAAACAUGAACAUUUUUCAUCAGAGCCUAAUUGUACAGCUGAUUGCAACAAGAGAAUUGGGUCUCUCAGGGAAAGCUGAUGGUGUUUGCUGGUGUAUCAAACACUCCAGACAGUUAUCAAAGUCAUCGUCGUUGUCACCUCCCUCUGUCUCUUCUUAAGUUGAUGGCAGAUGGAUGUACUUACUAUAAACUUGAAACAACAAAAACAACCAGGCAAGAUGGUACCAACAUGAACACCGAUGUGCAUCAAAAGUGUUGUGGACAGCGGGCAACUGCAUCUUGAUUCUGAUUCGUUUUCCAGUGGUUUUUGUGAUGACCAAAGCAGGCUAUUUUUCAUGGAAAGGCAACCCUUUCCAGCCCUUACCAUCUCCAGCCAUCCUUGUGGCCAAAUUCACGUGGGUUCUUUCAGCCUUUAUGGCUCUGACAGACAGCUCAGAGAGGCAACAGGAAAUGGGAUGAGAGAUGGGUGGGGCGACACCCAGCAAAGGGCCAAAGGUCGGACUGGAACCCUGGGCCACUGCAGUGAGGCCUCUGUACACAGGACACCUGCUCUAUCAACUGAACUAGCUGGUGUCCCAAUCAUGAUUUGAAAGGAUACUUGGUGAUGUUUCCAGCCAUUUUAGUGUCGACCAAACAGGUAUUUUUAAGCCAAAUUACGACCUUUUCCCAACACUGACCAAGUGGUUCUGGUGCCUAAACUUGAGCCGACCAUGAGCACAGAGCUCUGACGAUGAAAUAGAAAAUUAAAGACAAAAGUAAAGCAGCAACAUAAAGAAACAUUGAGUAUUAACUUAUCUGAUGUUUUGCAGAAAUUGCCUUAAUCUUAAAUCAAAACUUGUUUUUGUCUGCUGUAGAGCUUGACUGAAGCAAUAAAAGUAACGUAAAAGGCAGAUAUUGCUUUGACCCUAUGUCACUGGUAAUUUAAAAAUUGGGCAUGUGGCCGAGCAGUGAAACAAGUAAGAGGAUAUCUCUGAGAAGUUUCCCUUUAUGAUCAAUGUCAAUGUUGAUACUCUAGUUUGGGAAAUAAUAAUUAUUGCUUAUAAAGAUUAACUAUUACUAAGUGAUACCUUUUAUGUGUAUAUUGUACUCAAAACACCUUUGCAAACUUUUAUCCAAGAUACCUCCAUUUCUUCACACGUCUGAUGGAUCGAUGUAGAAAUGUAGCAAUGCUUAAGGAUUUUCAGAUAUCUUUGUAAAUUACACCACAAGUCAUAAUCUGUCUCCAGGCUGAUGGGGGAUAACCAGGUGUGUAAUAACUUGGGUGUGUUAAGACUCAGAUCAAAUGAAUCAUUGUUGUUUGGCCAAUCUAAGUUCUCCACUUCAUGGAGAUGGACUGCAAGAUGACUGAAGGGAGAGGCCGAGGCUAAUGCAAAGUGCAAAAGACCAAAAAACUAUUUAUUUUGAGCUACAGUUGCAUUCAAAUGUAACAUUGAAAAAUAAAAUACAUACCAUUGUUCUGUA